AUGGGGAAGAAAGUUAUUGUUAAAAGAGCACCGCGUGAAAAGAUUCAUAAGCUUCCUAGACCAUCAACUCGCUCUCAAGACCCCACUUUCACUCCUUCACCCUCUCCUCCAACCUCUCCUCCUCGCACCACUCCCAUGGCACGAACCAAAAACACACCCAGACACCCUGCACCUGCCAAGCCGACACCACCACCAAAGGUCAAAACUUCUAAGCCAGGCUCCUCAAAACCUAGUUCUGCGAAGCCUAGCGCCUCCAAGGGCAAACGUCCGGCGGCUGAGGAACCUGUUCCCGAACCAACACAAGCCAAAUCCAGGUCGGUUCCUAUGCGCUCUCAACGAGGUAACACCUGA